AAAUCUCAACCCAACCAUCUCUGUUGAUGUAAAGAAAGGCAGAAUGAGAGAGAACUCUUCCUUUCUCCAUUUAUUCCUCAGCUUUGCUCUUCUACUGGGCCAAGCCAAACCCGACCCAGAUCCACUUCAAGACUACUGCAUAGCAGAUACUAAAACCCCUCAGUAUUUUUACUUCAACGGUGCACCCUGCAUUAAUCCAAAGCUAGCAGUCUCCUCCCAUUUCACUACAUCAGUCCUAUCCAAACCCGGAAACACUAAAGCCAACCCUUUCGGCUUCAAUGUAACUCUAACCAACGCGGUCAACUUACCGGGCAUGAACACCUUGGGCUUGGGCAUGGCCCGAGUUGACAUAGAUGCUAAUGGGAUUGUCCCUCCGCACACACACCCACGGGCCUCAGAGGUAACCAUCUGCCUCAAGGGCCGGCUUCUUGUGGGCUUUGUGGACACAUCUAACCGUAUUUUCACCCAACAAUUAAACCCUGGCGAGUCAUUUGUUUUUCCAAAGGGUCUCAUUCAUUUUCUAUACAACUAUGAUUCAGCCCCGGCAGUGGCAUUGGCCGGCUUGAGUAGCCAAAACCCUGGUGCACAGAUUGUGUCUCUAGCCUCAUUCACUUCAAAGCCUCCAAUUGAGAUUCAGAUAUUGAAAAGUUUUCAAAUUACCGAUCAAGACGUUGCCAGGAUCCGAAAGAACCUCGGAGGUUAAUUGUGAUUCUGAUUUGAUGGCUGAUUAAUCAAGCACGACUUGUAUAUUUUACUCCAAAGUAUAAAUGCCAACGGUCAUAUUGCUCUGUUUCUAUUUGUUUAUGCUUCAUAUGCAAGCCAUAGUCAACCACUAUGUAUGGUGAUGUAUACUAGAAUUAGAAAUGUUCUUGAAGUGCUUUGGUUCUUAAAUUG